UAAAUAUCUUUCUAAGCAAUAUAUAAUACAAUACAUAUACAUAUAUACAUUAUUAUAAUUAUUAUAUGAUGGCAUCCAUAAGUGUGGACCAAAUUCGAAAGGCUCAACGUGCCAAUGGUCCGGCCACCGUGCUAGCCAUCGGAACGGCCAAUCCUCCUACUUCCUUCUACCAAGCUGAUUAUCCUGAUUUCUACUUCCGAGUCACCAAAAACCAACACAUGACUGAGCUCAAGGACAAGUUUAAACGAAUAUGCGAGAAAACUACAAUAAAGAAGCGUCACCUAUACUUGACCGAAGAUCACCUAAAUCAGCAUCCAAACUUACUGGAAUACAUGGCACCAUCUCUAAACACACGUCAAGAUAUGUUGGUGGUUGAGAUUCCCAAGCUAGGGAAGGAGGCAGCAAUGAAAGCCAUCAAAGAAUGGGGCCAGCCUAAAUCAAGAAUCACCCAUUUAAUCUUUUGUAGCACUAACGGUGUAGACAUGCCCGGUGCCGAUUACGAAUGUGCGAAGCUUCUGGGUCUCAGCUCAUCUGUGAAGCGUGUGAUGUUGUACCAACAAGGUUGCCAUGCAGGUGGUUCUGUUCUCCGCAUAGCCAAGGAUCUAGCAGAGAACAACAAGGGUGCUCGUAUUCUCACUGUAAACUCAGAAAUCACAAUCGGAAUCUUUCAUAGCCCGGACGAAACUUAUUUUGAUGGCAUGGUUGGUCAAGCUUUGUUUGGAGAUGGAGCUUCUGCCACCAUUGUGGGUGCUGAUCCAGAUAAGGAAAUCGGGGAACGACCGAUCUUUGAAAUGGUUUCGGCUGCACAAGAAUUUAUACCAAACUCAGAUGGAGCAGUGGAUGGGCAUUUAACAGAAGCGGGACUCGUGUAUCACAUCCAGAAGGACGUGCCUGGGUUGAUAUCUAAAAACAUUGAGAAGAGCUUGGUUGAAGCCUUGAAUCCAAUUGGGAUUAGUGAUUGGAACUCCUUAUUCUGGAUUGUGCAUCCGGGUGGCCCGGCCAUUCUAAAUGCUGUUGAGGCUAAGCUCCAUCUGAAGAAGGAGAAAAUGGCAGACACUCGCUAUGUGCUGAGUGAGUAUGGGAACAUGUCAAGUGUAAGCAUCUUUUUCAUAAUGGAUAAGUUAAGAAAGAGGUCAUUAGAGGAAGGGAAGUCCACCACAGGAGAUGGAUUUGAGUGGGGUGUGCUUUUUGGGUUUGGACCUGGUUUGACAGUGGAGACAAUUGUCUUGCACGCCUUGCAAACUAGCUAGGCUUUAAUAACUUAUUUAUCCUAAGCUAUAUUUAUACAAUAUUUUCAUAAUAAUUGUUGUUGUAACAGUUGCAUGGUACGUUGUGGCAAAUGGUGAAUGAUAUCUUUUUUAUAUAUUCAAUAACAAAUUACAAGCUUGGAUUCUCA